UUGAACCAAAGCAUUCCACCAUUUUAUUUCUAAGCUGUGCAUCAUGGCCGUCGAUCAUAAAAAGUUCCAGUUUCCCAGCUUAACAACUGACGAGGCUGUAGCAAAUUGCAAGUCAAUGUUUGGAUCACAAGUUUCAUUAACUGCAGACGACUUUUUACGACCGCAGUUUCAGCAGAUGAAACGUUUCUACAUCGGAGUACUUACAAAUUUUGGUGUUUGCCCAGAACAGCUUACGCAGCCACAUUUCAAGUCCAUGGACUCUUUUGAAUUCCCAGAACUUCAUGAAGAAAGUGCUCCAUUGGUAAUUUUAGCAUUAGCCAUGCAGCGGUUCAUGUUUGCUUGUGGAGUAGAAAACUUCACUAUAUUUGACAUUGUUGCACCAAAACCAAAGCGUACUCUCCAUUGUGUGAGUGCCAUUGUAAAUUACACCAAAUUCAAGGCAUCAAGGGAGCAUAUUUAUGAAAAUGCUGUUGCAGAAGUGGAUGCAGCUACUGAGCAGCAACGACAUUUGCUCACAAGAAACGAGGAACUGAGGAAAAAGAUUUCAGAGCUCAAAGCAAAACAAGCUGAGGAGGAACAGCAAGUACAACAGAUCGGGAGUGAAGUGGAAGAGUUACAGAAUGAUGUCAGUGAACUGAAUAAACAACAGGCCACUGAGGUGAAGAAAUUUCAAAAACUGAAGACCAAUAAUGCAGAACUCUGUUCCAAAAAGGCUGAGGGAAAAGCGCUAAUAGCAGCUCUAAAGCAAGACACGGAUAAUCUUGCAGCCAAGAUAGUCCAGUCACCUGAGAGAUUUAAAGGGGAGUUGGCUCGUCUGACAAUUGCAUUGCAGUCUGUGAGAGAGGCCAGGGAUGAAAGAAGUGCUAGACUACAAGAGAUUUGCACACAGCAAGAUAGCAACUUGCAGUAUACAGAGGAUGGACAGACAGCCAUAAAAAUGAUCAGUGGGAUUGGUGGUGACAUGGAUAAACUGCGUGAGUUGACCUCCAAGCUUGAGGAACUUCAAGAUAAGAACAUCAGCCAAAAAGAGUUGCUGAGAGAUUUGACAGCCAAGAUUGAGCAACUACGCCGACAGCUAGCUUCCAAACAGGAGAAGCUUUCAAGACUGAUGCGGCAGCAUGAUAAGAAGAUUACUGCUACACAUGAUGCUAAUGGUCAGAUAAAAAGGGAACAAGCGUACUUAGAAAAGAAAUUAGCAGAAAAGACAGAAUACUUGGAAGGACUUGACAACCAGAUAAACAACCUAAUACAAAUGGUCAAGGAACAGGAAGAUCUUCAUGAACAAGACAUGAACAAGCUACGCACAGCAUACCAACAGUUGUUAGCACAGCUUGAAAGCUACCACCAAGGACUCAAUAGAGGCUGGGACAAAGUGAUAAAAGCCAGUAGCAGAUAAGCUUUACAGCAAUGAUCUGUUCAAAAAAAGCGCUAAUCUAUGAAGUUUGAAUUGUUUCAAAUCUUUUUAAAACAUCGUAUUAUUAGUUGUACACGGCUAGUGAUGGUGUUGGAAUGCACAUGCCCAGACCAGCUUAAUUCGAAGAACUGUGUCGCUAGUAAAGAAUGCAAACAGUGCAACAUUAGAAUCACAGUCGCGUAAGGAAUGUGGUGCUAUAAAGAAAGUGCUACAAUGCAUAGUUUCAUGAUUAUUGUUGUUCACAGGACCACUUGUACAUUUAUAGGAACGUCUUUUCCGCAAAUCAUAGCUGAGAAAAAGUGCAGUGUUUUGGACACAAAUUCAGCUAUUCUCUUCAGUCUGAAGGUGUUAUGUAAUAUCUCUGUAGAUCUACAUGUAUUAGACUUCGGAUUUAUGUAACAUAUGAAAAGUUUGAAAUACAUUGAGUUCAGCAACUUC